AUGGCCUCCCGAAAACUGCCGAACUCCCCUCAACCAUGGUUUGGUAAAGUGUCCCAGCUGUGUCCGGACCCACACAGCCACUACUCGGCGUGUAGCCCGGUCUGCCCGCCCACCUGCGCAGACCCGGUGCCGGCCUGUGAGCCGGGAUGUGCGGAGGGGUGCGUCUGUGAUGACGGGUACAUCCGGGGCUGGGACGGGACCUGCAUCAACAAGACAGACUGUGGCUGUUUCAGCAACGGGAAUCACUACAAGACAGACGAGGUGUGGCUGACUGCGGACUCCAGCUGGUGCAGGUGUCUCACUAACAACUCCGUCUCCUGUGACGGGAGCUGUACCCGGACUGACCCUGUCCUGAGUGACGACAUCGAUAACGACUGUGACGGGCGGGUGGACGAGGAGCUGCUUAACGGGCUGGACGACGACGGAGACGGGGAGAUAGAUGAGGAUAUCGUUGGCAGCUGCGGGAUCGACAUAGUGUUUGUUAUCGACGGGUCGUGGAGCAUCGGGCCGGAAGUGUUUGAGAGAAUCAAGGGGUUUGUACGGGAGAUUGUCGGCUGUCUGGACAUCGGAGAAAUUCAGGUUGGAGUUAUCCACUACGACUGUUUGCCGAAGUUAGACAUCCAGCUGGGCAGUUAUAACAUGAAAACAGACCUGCAGGACGCCAUCUUGACAGAGAUCAGUUUUGACGGUGACCUCACACGGACCGGAAAUGCCAUUCAAUAUAUGAAAAAUACGAUUCCGUUCCGCGGGUAUGUCCCGAGAGCUGCCGUGAUCGUCACGGACGGACGGACCCAGCUGGAUGUGGAGGGGCAGCAGUAUGAUGACUUUGCGGAAAGUGCCCGUGCCGCGCGGGAUUGUGGGAUCGAGCUGUACAGUAUCGCUGCAGGGCGGAAGCACACUGUGGACACCAGCGAGCUGAGAAUGAUCACCAACAACCCCGCACGAGUAGUAGAGCUGGACCAGGACAGACCGUGUGCUAUAGCCAGCAUGCUGGUGAAAGAUCUCUGCGACGUGAAUCAGCUGUGCCGGUCCAUCGGCGGUGUCUGUACCAGUGAUACAGACUUCUGUGCCGGGCCGUUCGUGCCAGGAUUGUGCGGAGGGAACCUGACCUGCUGCGCUCCACAAGACGAGCCAUGCCGAGCCAUGGGCGGGGUGUGCCAGUUUGACGACCUGCCCUGCCCGGGACGACAUCUGAACGGACUGUGUGGAGGGCCGGCCAACAGGAAGUGCUGCAUUGACUGCUGUCAGCAGCCAGCUAGCAACAAGGCUACGUACAGAAGUUUGGGUUGCUGGACAGAUAGCAACAACCGUGCAAUCCCCCCACUGGAAGGCCUGGAUCCCAGACUACAAGAUCCUUACCGUCUGCGAGAAAACGCCAUAGAAAAGUGCUACCAGGCGGCCAGAGACCGAGGCUAUGAUGUCUUUGCUGUCCAGGACGGAGGCUGGUGCGCGUCCUCGUCUGCUGCACGGGAAGCCUACAGACAGUACGGGCCGUCUCACCGCUGUGCGAACAACGGGAAGGGCGGCGACUGGGCCAACCACGUCUACGAAAUCAUAUCAUCAUAGCACAACCGUGUUUCUUCCUAGCCUGGUAUCCAGUCUGAUU